AUGGCGGACCCAGCCAUUUACGACUUCCUCACCCAAACAACAACCGCUUCAAAUUCUGCACCCAAAGCUUCGAGAAAGUUCCAGUCUCAAUACUCUUCCUCUCGCAUUUUUCCAUGCCUUUACUGCCCUCGCAAAUUUUACACUUCUCAAGCCCUAGGCGGCCACCAAAACGCUCACAAGAGAGAAAGAGCCGCCUCUCGUAAGGCUUUCGCCUCUGAAAUUCUUCAUCUCGGUUCGCUUCCGCCGCAGCCGACGACGACGACGAUGACUCACCACCAUCUUCCGCAGCCUUACACGGUUGCUCCAGCUCCUACUCCGACUCCGGCUCCGGCUGAUUUUCUCGGCCAGCAUUGGUUUAAUCAGAAUCACUACAGUGCUAACACCACCACCACAACCACCGCCUCGGCCUCGGCCUCGCCGGAUGCUCUCUCUCCGAACGUCGAUACCGCCGUUGAACAUGUAACCAUCGAUCUCACUCUUCGCUUAUAA